GUACACACAAAGGAAGCAAUCUAUUUUUAGUUCAUUUCUUUAGUGGCGCGAGAUUGUUACACAGUGUCAGUGUAUUUUCUAAAACACGUAAAAAUUGAUUUUGAAUAACUGACAAUGGGGUUGUGACCAGAGUUGUGUGAAAGUUAUAGAUUGUGACAGGAAGAAAUAUAAGUAUUUAUUAAAAUGAUUUCAAUACUUGGGGGCAUUAGUUGGAAGAGUUUGACCGGAUCUACAGAUGAUGAUUGGAUAGACCGCGCCAAUCACCUGUGGACGGUGUGUUUGUUGUUGCUGUUUGCGGUAGUUGUGAGCUCCGGACAGUAUGUGGGCGAUCCCAUCCAUUGCUGGUGUCCAGCUGAAUUCACAGGUACCUUUGUUGCAUAUACUAAAAACUACUGCUGGAUCGCAAAUACUUAUUAUGUACCAAUGGAAACUGGGAUACCCCGCGACAUUGCCAAGCGACAGAAAGCGGAACUGAACUACUAUCAGUGGGUACCACUAAUUCUUGUUUUUAUGGCAUUUAUGUUUAAAUCGCCUCAUAUUAUGUGGCAUUUGCUCAAUACAAAAUCAGGAAUUAAUCUUAGCAAAAUCAAUGAGCUAACCGAUUCUGUGCAUGUUGGAAAACCGGACGAUAGGGAGGAGAGUUUGAAGCAUAUAGCAAAGUAUGUUGAUCGAUGGUUACGUCAAAACCGGAAUUAUCAUAGGAAUAUAAUGGUGAAAGUGCGACAAAGAGUUUCGAAUGUUUUUAUUUUCUGUUUUGCAAGAAGAGAUGGUUAUUUCCUUACUGGAUUUUACCUGUUCAUCAAACUUUUGUAUUGCACGAACUGCGUUGCUCAGUUUUUCAUUCUCGAUUCAUUUCUAGCUAUGGAUUUUGGCGGAUAUGGCUUUGAAAUUCUAACCUAUUUCAGAGACCACGGUGAGUGGAAAGAAACUCCAAGGUUUCCACGUGUAACAUUGUGCGACUUUAAAAUACGUCAAUUUGAAAAUAUUCAAACAUUUACUGUACAAUGUGUUUUGCCGAUAAAUCUGUUCAACGAGAAGAUUUUUGCCUUAAUUUGGUUCUGGAUGUUUUUGCUGUCAAUCCUUACGUUUUACAACCUCGCCUCUUGGUUGUUUUAUCUCUUAUUCCGCCAUAAUAAAGAGCUUUUUGUCAGAAAAUAUCUACGCGCAGUUAAUGAAAUCCAGUCCGGCUUCGACAAAAAGUUGUCGAGACGAUUUGCAAAUGACUAUUUGCGGGAGGAUGGCUGUUUCUUGAUGAGAAUAGUUGGAAAAAAUUCUACGGAUAUAAUUCUCUCGGAUUUGAUUAGGCUUCUGUGGUGUAUGUUUAAAGAAAAACCGUUUUAUAAUCGUAAUAAUAUACAUAACGAUGACAGCUUUGAGGACACUCUGAUGAAGAACGAUUUAUCAUCACCAGUCAUUUUACGGAGAAAACCGGACAAAAUAAUGAGUGACGUUUGAAUAAUUUGAGGAGCAAAAUCUCACGUACAUGUGCAUUUCAAAAAAAAAAACCCAAAUGUGUUCAGAUAUUAAAUUUGCAUACAAUCAAAAUUGAAUUUAGUGGUUUGUUGUAUUGUUUAUGAAUGUAUGUUUUAUGGUUGUACUUGGAAAUAAAAAUUUCCAUAUAUAUUAGGGUAUUAAUAUAUUUGUUAGUGUAAAUUUCAAGAGCAUAAUAAUAUACAGAACAGUAUUUUGUACAUAUUUUUUCAUGGAUUAUUUUGUGGGGCAUAUGAUUAUUUUACAACAAUCAAAAUGUAAUAUAUAUAAAUUAUAUAAUUAUAUUAGGUGAAUAGUCAUUCAGAGUGAAAUUUGAAUUGGAAAUAUACAUCAUUUUUUUUUUAUGUUUUAUUUCUGAUGAUCUCAUUCAAGAACUCUAAAAGUCAAGAAUUCUAAUGGUAAAUGGCCUAGGAAAAAUAAAUAUCUAGUCCAAAAUGAAUUUUUAAGAUUUCGUUUAGAAUAGUCUUUAUGUAUAUAUUAUGAAUUUAGAUCAUUAUAAUUACACUGGACCCUUAAGAUUACUAUAUAGUG